UCAUCUCGAUGCGAAUAUUGUAAAGUGAAUCUAUAUAUUCCACCUAUACCUCAGGUGCGAGAUAUUUUUCAAAAAACAUCUCUGCUAGUCACACGUGUUAAAUGUAGUUUAGUGAUUUUGUGACUUUCUUUUGGAUUAAUCCCUUGCCAUGUGGUCACAACAGAUAUUUGUUGCACUCCUGUCAGCGUGCUUGGCAUUGCAACAUGUUGCUGCUGUUGUCAAUACUGGUCAAACAAAAGCGGUGGAGGAGUCAGAAAAACCAUCUGCAACCGAAACUAAAGAAAACGAGAAGAAACCUGAUGCGACAGACUUAGUAGCAGAGAGUUCAGAGACGACCAAUCGAAGAGAAGCACCUGCUAUAAGUGACACUUAUGGGAUCCCUUCUUUGGGCUCUAAUCUGCCGGUGCCGGUUUAUGGGGUGCCAAAUGCUCCCUCUAAUAAUUUCGUGUAUCCAGCUCCCCCUCCAGACAUUCCACCACCACCACCUUCACUAUAUGGCCCGCCAACUCUAGGAAACACUUAUGGAGUGCCACAAGUUAACCCUUUACCUGGCAAAGGAUAUGGUCCACCACAUCCAGUAAAAUAUGGGGCACCACCGUUUACAUUUAAUCAAUUCUCAAACUUUAUACCACCAAAGCCUUUAUACGGACCUCCGAAAAACUCCUAUGGAGUCCCGAACAAACCUCCAAAAUUCCACAAGUUCCCUCCUAAAAAUUUUGGAUUACGCCCCCCAAAACCCAUCUAUGGCCCACCAAUAUAUAAAGACAACUUUAACUUUAACAAGUUCAACUUUAAAGGCAACCUGAAUUCAAAUAAUUUUAACAACUUAUACACAAGCAGCCUUCUAAAUACAUUCUCAACCAAUUCUUUAUCGAACUUGUAUUCAGGAGUAUCGAGUUUAAACCACCAAUAUGGAGCUCCCGUUUUACCACCUAAGCCAACCCUCUCGUUAUCAGUUCAGUAUGGAGUACCAAAUACCGGCUUGUCCAGCCAAUAUGGCGUUCCUGAAAAAGUUUUCCCAGAGUCUACAGCAGGAUAUGGUCCUCCACAACCUUCAGCAAACCCUAAGCCUCCUCACCCUGGAGCACCAGCACCUCCAACUCCCCCGGAUAUCAAAUAUGAUGGCUGGCAACCAAUCCCUGGCUUAGUAUCGAAGCGACCUGAGGAAAUUCAUCAUGUUACUGGAGAUGGAUCUGGAUACCAUGAUUUAUCUCCACCACCACUUUCCGGAAAUGGUCACGUCAGUACUAGCUAUGGUGCGCCUCCAGUAACCUUAGAUCUAAGUCAAGGGCCAAGUGUAUUAGAGCAACCUGGUGGCUUAAGUAAUUCAUAUGGUGUACCACUAAAUUCCGGCUCUAAAGGUAUAAGUGAUUCAUAUGGUGCACCACUGGGAACAGUAACUGGAUCUGGAGGAAUCGUCGCUUCUUCCGGAGAUGAAGCUCAUAAUUCAGGAUCCAGCUCUCACUCCAGUAGCAGUCACAGCCUUAAUAUUGAUCUUUCAUCAAUUGGUUUAGGACAAGGUGCUGACGUGCAAGCAAUUAAAAGCAUUGAGUAUAACAUCAGCCCUCAAGGACAUGAUAGUGGUAGUACUCUACAGCUCUCCAACACAUACGGACCUCCUCAAGCAAGUGGGUCAGUUUCUGCUGGCCACAGUUUUAACAGUUUCAGUUCAUCAUCACAAAGUAUAAAAGGAGGUUUUGCUUCGUCAUCGCAUGCAGAUGCAAUUGGUUUAGUUCCUCCAAGUGGAGUUUAUGGGGCACCACCAACUACUCAAUAUGGCACACCUUUAUACACAAGCAGUUAUAAGGGAUCCAAGGGUUCUGGAAAAGGAUUUGGCAACUCCUACUUACCGCCAGCUCCUCCUGUGCCCCCUAUUAACUCGUAUGGUGUUCCAAGUACUCAUGGUGCCAUAUCAUUCCAAAAUGUGGCCCAUGGCUCUUCAACUGCUGGGCUUAACCUGCAACAAUUCCAUAUAGAUGGAGCAAAUGCAUUACCUUUAACAAGCUACAAUGUUCCACUAGGUACUGUGGAUGGCAGCUAUAGUCUUCCAGCUGCUGGAGGAGGAGAUAUUGUGGAACUAGACUAUUCGCAUCCUUCAGUUUCUAUUGAUUUAACUGAAGGAAAAAGUUCUUCUGCUCAACUAGAUUGCUAUAAUAAGCAACAGCUUCAAGUUCCUUCAUUAUCUUAUGGGGUGCCAUCGGCUGAUAGCUAUACUUCGUCGCUUUCUAGCUUAACAACAAACAUUGCUAACUCUCACGGACAGUCUUCUUACAGCUCAUCUCAACCUCAGAUUUCAUUGCAGUAUGGCGUAUCAGAUUUAGCUCACAGUUCAUCAAUAAAAUCUGAAUCAAAGGUCAAUUCUGCUGUUGAAAGUACUGAAGAGGCUCAUGGAAAGGAUUAUGGUAAAUCAGUAGCUGCGAGCUUCGGUCCUAACAGUGAAUUAGUCGAGUCUCAAUCGAUUGAUUUAAAUAAUAUUCCUUUGCAAGGGAAUUUAGGAAGUUACACUUUGCAGAUUCAAUCUGCUGAUGGUGGUACUGGUCAAGUGUCACAUACCCAAGUAUUGAACGAGGGGUUGUUGCAAUCAAUUCUGCAAGCUAUUGAGCAGCCAGGGAAACAAGGACAGAAUGCGCAAUAUCCAAUUAUACUUCAACCCAGUGUGGAGAGGAGUAACUACUCAGUUAAUGAAACUUUAAGUAAUUUAGAUAAUUCUCAUGAGCAAGCGUCGGAAAUCAGAGAAGUGAGAGUAGAAGCUCCUAAGAGCAAUAAUAUAGAGGAGGAAAAGGCUGAGGAUAAAACUGAUGAUGAGGAAACAUUACAACUUUUAGAUACUAGCAAUAUUGCCUUGUACUAUAAGAAGGAUGGCGAUAUGAAAAAGGUGGAAAUUAAUGAGAAACCUGAGGAGAACAGUCUUGAUAACGAAAGCAGUUAAAUUUUAAAUUAUAAUGGGACAUUAAAAAUUGCUCAACCUUUGCCAUGUACGUGGAUUUCUGUUGUUUUUUUUGUAAAUACUAAUUUAAAAUUAAGUUAUAGAAAUGUAGUAUUUAUUUAUUUUUUUGUAUUUUAAGUGUUUUAUAAUAAAUGUUUGGUCAUUUUUAGAACAAA